AUGAAGAAGAAAUGGGUUUCAACAUCAGGGCUUGCAGCUGUUUUGGGGGUUUCUGGUUUGGUUUUGGCUGUAAUAAAAGACCCCAAAUCUUGGAAUCUAAUACUAAGUGCCUUGCCUUCUUGGUUGGACUUGAACCAGAGAGAGAAUAAUAAUCGUCCAAAGAAGCUCGUCUUGGUUCCUGGCUUGCAAAAUCUUGGCAGUAAUUGCUUUUUGAAUGUUAUCUUACAGGCUUUAGCUAGCUGUUCAAAUUUCCAACCUUUUCUUCGAAGGGUUAUAGACGAAUGUGAAUCAUUUACCAGUGAGGAAUCGAGGGAGAGUUUGCAGCUUACAGUGGCUUUGGCUGCUUUAUUGGAAGAACUGUCUGUGAUUGGCAGAGAGAGAAUUGUAUUGAGUCCAAGGAAGGUGAUGCUUGCAAUGGCUCCUUCUAUUCAAAAUUUUAAUUUGACGAGCCAACAGGAUGCCGAAGAAGCAUUCCUUCAUCUCCUGUGCUCUUUAAGGGACGAAUUUUCUGAUUCUUAUCCUCCAAAACAUCAUUCUUUGGCAGAUGCAAUUGCUUCUCCUAGCUGUAGAAUUCUUACUCCAAAUAGGAUUGAAAUCCAGAGUGAGCAAGAAAGGUGGCAACAGCACUUCUUCGGACCAUUUGAUGGAAUUCUUAGUAGCAUUUUAACAUGUCAAAGUUGUUCGUCUAAGAUUUCAUUGAAUUUUCAAUUUUUUCAUAGCUUGCCUCUUUUGCCAAUGCUUGAAGGUGGUGGCACCAUUAUGGCUGGAUGUACAUUGGAAGAUUGCCUCAGGCAAUUCACUGUUUCUGAGCAAAUUGAGAAUUACAGCUGCAGCCACUGUUGGCACAUUGCUGCAAUAAAGUAUUUAUCUUUAAGAGGAGCAACAGAGAAGGAGAUAAAAAAACUUAACAGUUGUAAUGAGCAAGACUCGUGUACCUGCCAUAGCCUUGUUCAUCUAGAAAGUCUACCAUGGUCAAAUAAUUUUUCUCGCACUUCAAAGCAGCUAAGAAUUGCUCAUAGUCCAAAGAUUCUUUGCAUUCAAUUGCAACGUGCUUCAAUAAAUUUUUUUGGAGAAAUAGUCAAACUUCAGGGCCACAUCAGCUUCCCAUUAACUUUGAACCUGCUUCCAUUCAUGAUGAAAGAGAUGCAAUGUCGAAAACCAAGCUCUGAUCUAAACCAUUUUGAUGUGCAAUAUCACACCAGAAUGCUGAACAGCAUUUAUGGAAGAAAUGUUUCAAAAUUAUUAGCAGCAAAUGAAUUUGGAUCCCCUGCACAGAUAGAAACUUUCCUGGGACAAUCCAAGAUACCACAAACCACAGACAUCUUGAGCUUGCAAGCUAAUGAUAAGUUCAAUGCAGCUUGCGAAUUAGUCCCUUCAGAACCUCAGGCAUAUCGUCUUGUUUCUGUCGUGGAGCAUUUUGGAAGAGCUGGUGGUGGGCAUUAUACUGUUUACAGAAGUGUGAAAUCAGAGUCACAUGAAGAACCUCCUGAUGAAAAUUGCAAACCUUCCCUUCUGCACUGGUUUUGUAUCUCGGACUCUGAAGUAUACAGGGUUUCUGAGGAGGAAGUUCUAGCUGCAGAGGCUAGCUUGCUUUUUUAUGAGAGAAUUGUCGAAAGCUGA